AUGCCAGAACCAAACGCUGCCUGGUCCCAUUCCAGAGACGCCCAUGGCCAUAACAAACACUCACGCACCGUCAGAACGUGCUCCCCCUCCGAGUCCUCCAUUUGUCCUCGCACCUCCACAGAGCCGAGCCGGAGAGCGGAGACGGUGGUUCGGUGGUUCGGUGGCCGGGGAGCUAGCGCGCAGAUCCACAGGUGCCGUGGAUCCACAGGUGCCGAGGAUCCACAGGAGACGAGGAUCCACAGGAGACGUGGAUCCACAGGUGACGUGGAUCCACAGGAGACGAGGAUCCACAGGAGACGUGGAUCCACAGGUGCCGUGGAUCCACAGGUGACGUGGAUCCACAGGAGACGUGGAUCCACAGGUGCCGUGGAUCCACAGGAGACGAGGAUCCACAGGAGACGUGGAUCCACAGGAGACGUGGAUCCACAGGAGACGAGGAUCCACAGGUGCCGUGGAUCCACAGGAGACGAGGAUCCACAGGAGACGUGGAUCCACAGGUGCCGUGGAUCCACAGGAGACAAGGAUCCACAGGAGACGAGGAUCCACAGGAGACGUGGAUCCACAGGUGACGUGGAUCCACAGGAGACGUGGAUCCACAGGUGCCGUGGAUCCACAGGAGACGAGGAUCCACAGGAGACGAGGAUCCACAGGAGACGAGGAUCCACAGGUGCCGUGGAUCCACAGGUGACGUGGAUCCACAGGAGACGAGGAUCCACAGGAGACGUGGAUCCACAGGAGACGAGGAUCCACAGGAGACGAGGAUCCACAGGAGACGAGGAUCCACAGGAGACGAGGAUCCACAGGAGACGUGGAUCCACAGGAGACGAGGAUCCACAGGAGACGAGGAUCCACAGGUGCCGUGGAUCCACAGGUGACGUGGAUCCACAGGAGACGUGGAUCCACAGGAGACGUGGAUCCACAGGAGACGUGGAUCCACAGGUGCCGUGGAUCCACAGGAGACGUGGAUCCACAGGUGACGUGGAUCCACAGGUGCCGUGGAUCCACAGGAGACGUGGAUCCACAGGUGCCGUGGAUCCACAGGAGACGUGGAUCCACAGGUGCCGUGGAUCCACAGGAGACGUGGAUCCACAGGAGACGGACACAACCUCAUUACAAAGCGCCUCUCGUGGAUCAAGGUCAAACACGUUUGUCAUCGAGAUGUAA